AUGGAUACGUUGAUGAGUAUUGCAAAACAUUAUGAAACUGGAGAGACUCUCCCUGAAGAGAUAUAUCAAAAGCUUCUUGCUGCCGGAACUUUCCGUGCUGGCACCCUUAGCCUCCGUCAGUUGACCUGGAGCUUCAUAGCAAGUUCCUUUGCAGUUUUAGCCAUAUUUUUGCAGUUAUAUUAUUAUCAUCUAUUUUCUGCCCUUUCUGAUCCUGCAAAACUCUACAAUGACCUUCGAUGGAAUGUCACAAGGCUAUAA